CUGGAGGAGACCCUGGACAGCCUGGGGGAGAAGCCAGCCUCUUAUGAAGACAGGGUUGAGGUGGACAUUGCUGAGCUGGCAGCGCUGGAGCUGGGCAUGAUUGCCAUCCGCUCGCCAGAUACGCAAGAUCGGGAUCAGGACGCUGUUCCGCGGCCGCCUGUUGUGACUGUCAUGGGACAUGUGGACCAUGGCAAGACGUCCCUGCUGGACGCAUUGCGCAAGACGGCGGUGGCGGCCAGCGAGGCGGGGGGCAUCACGCAGCAUAUCGGCGCCUUUGAGGUUGCCCUGCCCGGCUCCCAGGCCACGGCGACGUUCCUGGACACUCCGGGGCAUGCGGCCUUCACAGCCAUGCGCGCGCGUGGCGCAUCUGUCACCGACAUUGUCAUCCUGGUGGUGGCUGCAAAUGAUGGCGUCAUGCCCCAGACGGAGGAGGCGAUAGCACAUGCGAGGGCGGCGGAGUGCCCGAUCAUAGUGGCGCUGACAAAGUGCGACAUGCCGGGGGCGGAGCCGUCGCGCGUGAAGAAUCAGCUGCUGGGGCUGGGCCUGCAGCUGGAGGAGGCCGGCGGCAACACCAUGGUGGUGGAGACGGCUGCACCCAAGGGGGUGGGUCUGGCAGAGCUGGAGGAGGCGGUGCUGCUUCAGGCAGAAGUGAUGGACCUGCAGGCCUCGGCUGGCGGCCGGGCUGAGGGCACCGUGGUUGAAGCGCGCCGUGACAAGGGGCAGGGCCCUGUCGCCACUGCAGGAGUGCGAUUUAAUAUUGUGAUGCCUCAUUCACAGGUGGGUGACUAUGUGGCGGUGGGCACGGAGUGGGGUCGGGUGCGCAGCAUGCGCAGCGCGGCUGGCGUUGCGAUGAAGGAGGCGCUGCCGGGGCAGCCGGUGGAGGUGGCCGGGAUGCGGGGUGUUCCCCAGGCAGGCGACGAGCUCAUGGUCCUGCCCAGCGAGGCGCGGGCGCAGCGUGCGGAGGAGUACCGGCACAGCCGCCAGUCGCACGCCGUGCGCCUGCAGGCUGCACAGCGUGAGGCGGCCGCCGCCAAGGCCGCCGAGAACGGCGCCGCUGCCGACAUCCAGCCCGGCCAAGUCAUCCUCAUCGUCAAGGCUGACGUCCAGGGGUCUGCGGAGGCGGUGAGGGAUUCAGUUCAGGCGCUGGCGAGCGACACAGUGGGAGUCAAGGUGGUGCAGACAGGCGUGGGCCCGGUCACCUCCUUUGACGUCGACAUGGCGUCCUCCACUGGCGCCACGAUCGUGGCCUUCAACGUGAAGAUGGCCGACAAUGCGGCCGAUGCGCUCGCCAAGCAGCACGCCGUCGACGUGCUGCAGCACCGCGUCAUCUACCGCCUGCUGGAGGAGGUGGGCGAGCGGAUGGCGGGGGCGGCGCCGCGGGUGGAGAGGGAGAGUGUGGUGGGAGAGGCGCAGGUGCUGCAGGUGUUUGAGGUGGCCGACAAACGCGCCGGCGCCAGCCACUCCGUCGCCGGCUGCCGCGUCUCCGAGGGCAGCCUCCGUGCGGCCGCCCGAUUCCGCGUCCUCCGAGCUGGCUCCGUGGUGCAUGAUGGCCCCUGUGCAUCACUGAAGCGGCUGAAGCUGGACGUGGAGAGAGUGGGCAAGGGCUCCGAGUGCGGCGUGCUCCUGGAGGGCUUUGAUGAUGUGCAGCAGGGCGAUGUGCUGCACUGCAUAGAGGUG